AUGGCCCUCGACAUCCUGACGAAGAUCACCUCUGCCUUCGGGCACGAUCUCAAGAGCGAUAGCAACCGAUUUGACGAGCUCGUGUUGGCGUUAAAGGAGGCACUAGGUCCAUCGUCGGGAUUGGACUCGGCAGACGUUGAUGUCAAGGAGUUGAUGCGUUUGAUGGAGGAUUACAACUCUAGAGAGAGUGAAUGGAUCCAGUUUGCAUUCUCGGAGAAGAGUAUGGGAUACACCAGGAAUCUUGUCGAUGAGGGCAACGGCAAGAGCAACCUUCUUGUACUUGUCUGGUCGCCAGGCAAGGGCAGUCCUAUUCACGACCACGGCAAUGCCCACUGCUUGAUGAAGAUCCUCAAGGGUGACCUGACUGAAAUCCGAUAUGAAUUUCCCGAGGGUGAAGAAGAGCAGCCCAUGAGAGUAAUCUCUGAAAGAACACAUAAAGAGAAUGCGGUGGCAUACAUGGCGGACGAACUUGGCGUCCACCGAGUUUGCAACAGGGGCAGCGACUUCGCUGUAUCCCUUCACCGUAGGUGUUGA